AUGAAAACAGUUUUGAUAGUAAUUGCUUUAUGUUUAGUUGGUGCAACAUCGAUAUCACCAUAUACUAAAUUGAACUAUUCUAAAUAAAGAUCAAUGGCAGCUGUUUUAGCUGAAGUAGAGUCGAAGAUGGAAACAAACUCUCCAUUGGAUGCAGUUUUGAAUGUUUUAAAAUAAUUCAGAGAUGCAGUAAAUGUAGAAUAAGUAAAUCAUGAUUAAAUUUACAAUAUUGAAUAUAGUGAAUGUGAUUCAGAGUUUGAAUUUAGAAAUAAAGAAGUUGAGGAAGCUUCAAAUGUAGUUAGAGAUUCAACUGCUUAGUUGAAUAUAUGCAAAACCUCUAAAAUUAGAACAAUUAAUUAAUAAGAAGUUAAUUAAUAAUAAUUAUUCACAUAUUAAGAACAUUUAACAUUAGUACUUUAAACUGCUGAAAGUGAAUAAGGAUAUUUUAAAAAAAGAGGAAGAGAUUAUGAAGAUUCACUUCAUGCUAUUGAUGAAGCACUUGAUAUANCUACAUAUAAGAGUCAGGAGCUGCAUAACUUUAGCCUUUUAACGCUUUGGGUAAUUCCUAAAUUUUUUCUACAGUCACAAUUUGAUCUGAGUUUUAUUAGGUAUAUUCAAAUUAAAAAAUAAUAAAUUAAUUUGUAUAAGUAGAAUUAAGAUUACUAAAAUCAAUACUGGAUUUUUGAAAAACAAUCUACCAGGAGAGUGAUUGUUUAAUUCUAAUAGGAGAUUAUUAUUAUAUGUAUUUUUAUGCUUUAGGUGAUUAAUUAUUUCUUAAAAUGA